UAGCCCUUACUGGGAUUACAGCAAUGGAGGAGCAGGGAAAUGGGAAGAAAUCAGAACUUGGUCGUAGCAAGUUAGACCCUCAAACAAAGAGUCUAACAGCCUCAUGCACUAAUGAGGAGGACUUUAUGGUGCUCGACAAGGAUGAGACUUGGAUGUCAUCUGAUGGGGAACACAACAACAAACGGCACAACGCCUCUGGCAAAAGGAUCAAAACAGAGGAUCUUCAACCAUCUAUUAAAAGAAGAGUUGAGGAAGACGCUUCUGCUUGUGAUGAUAACCUUCCACGACCUUCCAGGAAUGCCCUUCAAGAGAAGAGUAAUGAGAAGAAAAGCAGGAGGAGAUCUGACACACUUACAGUGACGUCUGCCAGUGUGGAAGCGCAUGCUGAGAGUUCAGCCGAAGCCUGUUUUGGGAGGGAAAAGGAUCAACAUUUGGCUGAAGUGACAGGCAGCAGGUGCCGGCUAAAAGGAGUCGGUCAUGUUGGAGCUGCUGCCCACGCUGAGACAACUGGGAGAGGGAGAGCAGAGAGGGAGCAAAACAUGAAUGACAAGGGGAAAGUUUCUACUGACAUUAAUAAGGAGCACAUGUCGACACAAGACAACAGCGGCUCAGUAAAAAGAUUAAGAAAGAGAGCGGAUGAUUUAGAAGACAUGCUUGAUGAAGCAGGCCAGUUGGAGCCGGGCGGGCAGAGAGAGAUGAAGUCUAAGUGGGACCAGUGCUUGGAAAAGGUAGAGCCUUCUUUAAGAGAAUCAGAAAACAAAUAUAAGGAAAGCCAUGGUUCAGGAUUUAUUGUGCAAAAAACACAAGUGGUAGAAGAUCAGUCCCAUCAGAGCAGCUUUUCUGCCGCUGUCUCUAAGAGGGCUAAAGCAGGUAGUUUGUGUACCAAGAAAGAGGACAGCAAAGAAGCCGUGCCGUCUCGCUCUGAAACGCCACCACUGCAAGGCAAUCCCUUAUCUCCAGUGGAACAAUGCAAUUUAAUCCCUCGUCCUCUGCCGGAGAGUGAAGGCUGUCAUGGAAAGAUACAGGUUGCGAGCUUAAAGAGGGAGAGCGAGCUUGUUUGUUUCUCUGCCGUGAUCACCCCUCCGCCUGUAACUCAUCUGUUGCCUAAUAGAGGCACACCAAUGGCGAUGCGACUUGGUACAAGUAUGGUAAAUUCACAGAUGGUUCUAGGUGCCUCUGGUGAUUCUAAAGAGGAAUCUGUGCCAAAAGAAAAGCCCAAAGUUAAAGGUCCACCUCCGCCUGUCCCCAAAAAACCUAAAAACCCAUUUAUAAAGCUCAAAACUGCACAAUUAAAGUCAACUGAUGUGCAAAGAAGAGGCAAAGAUCAUCUGCGUUCUGAGGAGAGGGUCAAGAGGAGACACACUUUUGAUUUUAACAACUUUCCAUGCAACACUACAACUAAUCAGGACAUGUGCUUGCUGUGGGAUGAAAGGGGCACUUACACGGUGCCACCAAACGUACGGCGGCUGUCGGUCGACCUCGGCCCUUGGGAGAAUCUGUCGCUCGGACAAAUGGAUGAGCAGUAUGGAGACAUGAUAGACUUUGACUACUGUGAGCGUAUGGCGAAUAUGUCUCCGGAGGAAGAGCCGCCAAACCUGGACAUGUUGCAGAGAAGAGUAUACCUGGAGAGACGAUCCAGAUUUAAAAGCUUACCUCCUCCUGUUACCAACAAGCCCCCAAAUCGUUUUGCGUCCACAGAGACUCUUCGCAUACCUGAGGUCACAUCAAACAAUGAAAUCCAAAGACCAAAACCUGCUUCUUCAAAGAAAAGAGAAAUCUACCCUGAGCUCCCAUCUGAAAGACUUGAUAGACGUAGAGACAACCACGGUAGUGAUAGGGAUGCAGGAAAUGACAGUGAGGUGGGAUCGUACAAGCCAGUGGCGGAAAUCAUCAAAGAAACAAAUCAAAUGCAGAAGAAUCAGGGCCGGGUGAAAGCUGAAGGGGCCAGGGCUCAGGUCCGGGUGGCAGAGGAGGGUCCAAGUGUGAAAGUAUCCCAAAUAAAGAAUGCCUUUGAUGUCCCAAAGAAAUCUAAAGAGAGACCACCAGAAGUUCAAGUACCUCCAAAGAAAGAUAUGUUGCGGCGAGUUGUGCGACAGAGCAAGUUCCGUCAUGUCUUCGGUCAGGCCACGAGGAACGACCAGUGCUAUGACGACAUCCGUGUGUCCCGGGUCACAUGGGACAGCUCCUUCUGUGCCGUCAACCCCAAAUUUCUUGCCAUCAUCAUCGACGCCAGUGGGGGAGGAGCCUUUCUUGUACUUCCUGUCUCACAGUCUGGCCGUAUAGACAAGGUCUACCCUACAGUAUGUGGUCACACGGGCCCAGUUUUGGACAUCGACUGGUGUCCUCAUAAUGACCUUGUCAUCGCUAGCGGCUCGGAGGACUGCACGGUCAUGGUUUGGCAGAUCCCUGAGAACGGACUGGAGAAUCCCCUCUCACAGCCUGUGGUCGUGCUGCAGGGCCACUCCAAGAGGGUCGGCAUCGUGUCUUGGCAUCCCAACGCUCGCAACGUUCUCCUCAGUGCAGGGUGUGACAACCAGAUCAUCAUUUGGAAUGUGGGCACGGGAGAGGCCAUGAUCAACCUGGAGGACAUGCACCCUGAUGUUAUCUUUAGUGUCAGCUGGAGCCGCAAUGGCAGCCUGCUCUGCACCGCCUGCAAGGACAAAAAGGUCCGCGUCAUCGACCCCCGUAAAAAAAAGGUUGUUGCGGAGAAGGACAAAGCUCACGAGGGAGCUCGACCAAUGAGAGCGAUCUUUUUAGCAGACGGAAACAUUUUCACCACUGGAUUCAGCCGCAUGAGCGAACGCCAGCUGGCCCUGUGGAAAACUGAAAACAUGGACGAGCCAAUAUGUGUUCAAGAGAUGGACUCCAGUAACGGAGUCCUGCUGCCCUUCUAUGACCCCGACACCAGCGUAGUCUACCUGUGUGGAAAGGGCGACAGCAGCAUUCGGUACUUCGAGAUCACUGACGAGGCUCCGUUUGUGCAUUACCUCAGCACCUUUUCCACCAAGGAGCCCCAGAGAGGCAUGGGAUACAUGCCCAAAAGAGGCCUGGAUGUCAACAAAUGUGAAAUUGCAAGGUUUUACAAAUUACAUGAGAGAAAAUGUGAACCCAUCAUCAUGACAGUCCCACGUAAGUCGGAUCUGUUCCAGGACGACCUUUAUCCCGACACAGCCGGACCCGAUCCCGCCCUGGAGUCGGAGGAGUGGUUCGCCGGGAAGAACGGAGGCCCCCUCCUGAUCUCCCUCAAAGACGGCUACGUCUCCACGAAGAACCGGGAUCUGAAAGUGGUCAAGACGAACGUUCUGGAGACGAAGGCACUCACAAAAGCAGAAAACAUCUCAACUGUCCAGAAGCACGUUACUCCACAGUCCUCAGUAAAAAAGGAACAGAAAAUUGAAGAUAAACUGGAAGAGGUACUCCGAGAGUUCAAGUCACUCAGGGACCGCGUCAUCCUGCAAGACCGUCGAAUCGCCCGGCUGGAAGAUCAGGUUUCCAAGGUUGCCAUGUAAGACACCGGAGAGGAAUCGAGUGGACGGGGUCAGUCACGUCCAAAUUCUCAAGAUUCGGUUUCAUCGAGCUUGGUGUCGUCCCCGUGAUGAGACCAAGCCCUACAUUCCAAGAUGAACUUUAUUUUUUCCUCAUCAAGUCUCCAGUUUCACACUUCGCCCCGAUACACACAGAGAAAAGGAAAAACUCUCGCAGCUCGUGUACACAUUUGAAGAGAAGACAUUUUUGUUGAAGGAAAAAGUCUUAACUUCUUUUUUUUUUUUUUUUAUUGUGGUAAAACAUUCUUAUGUGAAGUUUGUACUUACUACUCCAAAACUGUAUGUAGCAUCAGUAUUUCCAUUGUCAUUUCUUUGUGUUGCCAAAUAUGAACCGUGUGCGGUUUUCAUGCACUGCUUUUACAUUUACUUUAUUUUCUCUCCUGUUGUACAUUCCAGUCACAAGCUGGUAGAUUGAUUUAGUCGAGCUGCAUUUUUUAAAACAAUAGCUGUUGAUUUUUUUUUUCUCUCCACCAACCAGUUUACUCAUUGAUAACCAUCAGAUUUAUGAAUGUGGAAGAAUUAUUUUAAAACGUUUUGUUCCUAUUCUUCUGGGCUUGAAAUUUAACAUUGGGUUUUAUUGGGGGGGGGGGGUUGCAUCUCUCUGGUGUAAAUGUUGUGCAAAAUGUAGUGGUGCCUCUUGUCACUGUUAAGGGUCAAACUGAAGUCGCCCUCUCCAGUGCAUAUUUGGUGUUGGAAAGGGACCACUCGCCCAGCUUGUGUUUCACUGAACCCCUGACAAACAGUUCUGUGCACAUAAUAAAGAUUUUACACAUGAACAACUAUUUUAUUAUC